AACUCUGAUCGGUUGGUUGUUGUUGUUGUUUGGUUGGUUAUUGGCACUUUGUUUUGAUCAGAUCAGAAGUUAAGUCUACAAAAUCAUUUAAAUCAUGCCCAAAGUUGUUUCUCGAAGUAUAGUCUGCUCAGACACCAAAGAUCAAGAAGAAUAUGGAGAGGAGAAACCUUUGCACAUAUAUUACUGCAUUUGCGGACAGAUGACAUUAAUUUUAGAUUGUGCAAUUGAGAAGCUUCCACUUCGCAAAAGAGAUGGAUCUCGUGUCAUUGAUGGUUCAAAACAUGCGCAUAAAAUAACUUGUGAUCAAGAUGAAAUUGUACAUAUCAAAAGACCUGAGGGUAUUGAACGACAACAUCGUAUGAAAUGCAAAAAGUGUGGCCUAGCGUUGUAUUACAAACAUGAGGCUCGAAGCAACACUAACUUUAUUUUAAAAGGAGCUAUUGUAAAAAGCUCUGGGGAGGGACCAAAAAUGGAUAUUUAUAAUCAAGUAGCUGCUGUAGCUAAACCAAAGAAAAUCAUGGUGACAAAACAUACUAAAAAUAUGGGUAAAUUUAGUUCUGUCACUGUAUCGACCAUUGAUGAAGAAGAAGAUGAAAUUGAAGCUCGCGAGGUUGCUGAUUCUUAUGCUAAUAAUGCAAGAAUCAUUGAAAAGCAGCUAGAAAGGAAGGGAAUGAAUAAACACAAAAUGACAGUUCAACAGACUCAGGCAGAAAUAGAAGCAAAGAAGGCUCGUGUCAGAGGAACUCUGAUAGAUAAAUAAUUAGUUUGAUUCUGCACUUAAAAUUUGUAUUCUAUUUGUGUA